ACCUGCAUUAUCGACACGGAAGGACGAACACGAUUCGAUCGAGUAUUAGCUUCUUUUCGACGGAACGCGGCACUCUCACAGGAUGAAGACAACGCCGGCAAUAAUUCUUCUUCCUCUCCUGUUUGCAUUUGCUCUCAGUGAGACAGAGUUGACCAAUACGCAAAAAACAAUAGUGAAUUUUAUAAACUCAAGGGAUAGUAGUGCUGUAGCAGUAAAAAGAAGAUGGAAAGGAAAAAUGUAUUCAAAACUUCGCAAAGACGAAAGUCCUCCACCCACAAACAACCAAUUAGCUCCCAACCAAAAUGAUGGAACAACACCCGCACCUGGAGGUGCCACACAAGCCGCUGGAGGAGGCCCCACAGGGGGAGCAACUGGUCCUACGGGACAACCAUUCCAGUCACAACCGUAUGGCCAAGCAUCUCCCUAUGGUAUGCAACAAGGAUUUGGACAACAGCCAGGCUUUGGUCAGUAUGGUCAGCGCCCAGGUUUUGGCCAGCAGCCAGGUUUUGGUCAACAUCCAGGUUAUGGUCAGCAGCCAGGUUUUGGUCAACAUCCAGGUUUUGGUCAGCAGCCAGGUUUUGGUCAACGUCCAGGUUUUGGUCAGCAGCCAGGUUUUGGUCAACGACCAGGUUUCGGUCACCAACCAGGCUUCGGCCAAAUGCCUGGUGGACACAAAGGAAAAGGUCCAGCCGCAGGCGGCCCACCUCCCGCACAGGGCGGUGCUGGUGGGGGUUGUGGUACAGCCACUGUAUGCGGAUCGUUCAGUAUAAGCAAAGAAGAUCCCGCCAGUGUUAUCGCUCCACCACCAAGAAUGGUCAUGAACCCAAUGCAGCAGCAACCAUGCAUGCCACAAAUGCAAGCCGGUUGUGGGGGAAUGCAGCAGCCAAUGAUGCAACCAAUGAUGCCGAUGCAGCAACCAAUGUGUCCACGAUUUUGCAACAAGAGAUGUAUGGUUAGCUGCCCGCGUGCGUGUUGCACCAAAUCCGCUGUGAAGCCAGAAUCAGGCUCUCACUAAGUUAUGAAAAUGCCAGAAUACCGUGCGACAACGAUGACGCCAGAAUGGACGGACAUACUAGGAGUGCGAUGCAAGUGUAACGAAAUUACUACUCAUGAAAGCGUUCCUAGAAUUCUCGUCCUAUAAUAUUCUAUUCUUAGAAUAUUAAUCUUAAAGAAAUUCAAAGCAGUACAUAUUAAUUUUUAUAAAUAUAAGUUUAAAAUGGAGAAAAAGCUAAUCAGAUACCUGUAUUGGGCUAAAACAUGAACGAUGCCCAGGUACAUGGCAACUGACAUUUGAUUGGAUUAUUCGCACUGAGGAAACAAUAAGCGUAAAAUGUACAAUGUGUUCAUUGCUUAACUGAUUUUGUAUCAUUUACUAAACUGUAAAUAACUUUAUUACACGAUUCAUGUGAUUUUGAUGUCUGUAAAUAUACUCUCUGACUAAAUUCCUCGCUUGAAAGCUAAUAAAGCGGUUGGGGAUUAGAGCCAAAGGAUCACUUGAACAUUCGCCAAGUUAAAUAGUAUAGAAGUACAUUAAUUUCAAUCAACAAUG